AUGAAUUUGACCUUUCUAUCACAAAUUGAGCCUCAAAAUAUCAAAGAAGCACUUGAAGAUCCUUCUUGGGUAAAGGCUAUGGAGGAAGAACUUAAACAAUUUGAGAAGAAUCAAGUGUGGACUCUUGUUCCUAAUCCUAUUGGAAAGAAGAUGACCAUCACUAAAUGGAUUUUCAGGAACAAAUUGGGUGAAGAUGGAGUCACUGCUAGGAACAAAGCAAGAUUGGUGACGAAAGGAUAUGAUCAAGAAGAAGGGAUAGACUUUGAUAAAUCCUUCUCUCCUGUGGCCCGAAUAGAUGCUGUAAGCCUUUUUCUAGCAUAUGCUGCCCAUUGUGCUGGUGCACGAAUCCCCACACUUUUGUACAGUUGUCUUAGUCAGGAAAAUCAUAAUUCAGUUGGAUUGAUGCAAGGGCAAUUAAUGAUAAGAAUACUGAAUUGGAAUCUAUAA